AUGGAGUCGGGCAUCCGCUUGAGCACGCUCUGCCUUCUCCUCUGCCUGGGGCCAGUUGCAGGCUUUGGCGUGGACCCCUCGCUACAGAUCGAUGUGCUGUCCGAGCUACAGCUGGGAGGCUCCGCGGAUGGCGUGCGCCAGGUGCCGGGGCUGCACAACGGGAGCAAAGCCUUCCUCUUCCCAGAUACUUCAAGAAGUGUAAAGGCAUCUCCAGAAACAGCUGAAAUCUUUUUUCAGAAGUUAAGAAAUAAAUAUGAAUUCACAAUCCUGGUGACCUUAAAACAAGCCCAUUUGAAUUCAGGGGUUAUUCUCUCUAUUCAUCAUUUAGAUCACAGGUACCUGGAGCUGGAAAGCAGCGGUCAUCGAAAUGAAAUCAGGUUGCAUUAUCGUUCCGGCAGUCAUCGCUCCCACACAGAAGUAUUCCCAUACAUUUUGGCAGAUGAUAAAUGGCACAGGCUUUCCUUAGCAAUCAGUGCCUCUCACUUGAUUUUACAUGUGGACUGCAAUAAAAUUUAUGAAAGAGUUGUGGAGAAGCCCUUCAUGGACUUACCUUUGGGUACAACCUUUUGGCUGGGACAGAGGAAUAAUGCACAUGGUUAUUUUAAGGGCAUAAUGCAAGAUGUGCAAUUACUUGUCAUGCCUCAAGGAUUUAUUUCUCAAUGCCCAGAUCUUAAUCGCACAUGCCCAACUUGUAAUGACUUCCAUGGACUUGUGCAGAAAAUUAUGGAACUGCAAGACAUUUUAGCCAAAACAUCAGCUAAGUUGUCCCAAGCUGAGCAGAGGAUGAACAAGUUGGAUCAGUGCUACUGUGAAAGGACCUGCACAAUGAAAGGCACGACUUACAGAGAGUUUGAAUCCUGGACAGAUGGCUGUAAGAACUGCACUUGCAUGAAUGGUACUGUGCAGUGCGAGGCUUUGAUUUGCCCCCUCUCUGACUGCCCGCUUAACUCUGCGCUGGCGUAUGUGGAUGGCAAGUGCUGCAAAGAAUGUCAAUCGGUGUGCGUAUUUGAUGGCAGAACCUACUUUGAAGGACAAAGAGAAACUGUGUAUUCAAGCUCAGGGGACUGUGUUCUGUUUGAGUGCAAGGGCCACAAAAUGCAGCGUAUUCCAAAAGACAGUUGUACAGCUUUGAACUGCCCAGAAUGACAACAGAUCCCUUUAUCUCACAGUUGCUGCAAAAUCUGUAAAGGCCAUGACUUUUGCACUGAAGGCCAUAACUGUAUGGAGCAUUCUGUCUGCCGAAACCUAGAUGACAGAGCUGUCUGUAGCUGCCGAGAUGGCUUCCGAGCCCUUCGGGAGGACAAUGCCUACUGUGAAGAUAUUGAUGAGUGUGCUGAAGGACGGCACUACUGUCGUGAGAAUACCAUGUGCGUAAAUACACCAGGAUCCUUUAUGUGCAUCUGCAAAACGGGAUAUAUACGCAUUGAUGAUUAUUCAUGUACAGAGCAUGACGAAUGUAUAACAAACCAGCACAACUGUGAUGAAAACGCUCUCUGUUUCAACACCGUGGGUGGGCACAACUGUGUCUGCAAGCCGGGUUACGUGGGAAAUGGUACCAUCUGCAAAGCUUUUUGCAAAGACGGGUGUAGGAACGGAGGAGCCUGUAUUGCUUCCAAUGUGUGUGCCUGCCCACAAGGCUUCACUGGGCCCAGCUGUGAAACUGACAUUGAUGAAUGCUCAGAUGGCUUUGUUCAGUGCGACAGCCGUGCUAACUGCAUUAACCUGCCUGGUUGGUACCACUGUGAAUGCAGAGACGGCUACCAUGACAAUGGGAUGUUUUCACCACAUGGAGAAUCCUGUGAAGACAUUGAUGAAUGUGGAACUGGAAGGCAUAGCUGUGCCAAUGACACUGUUUGCUUUAACCUGGAUGGUGGGUAUGACUGUCGAUGUCCCCAUGGCAAGAACUGCACAGGAGACUGUAUCCACGAAGACAAAAUCAAGCACAAUGGUCAGAUUUGGGUGCUGGAGAAUGACAGAUGCUCUGUCUGCUCGUGCCAGAGUGGAUAUGUGAUGUGCCGGCGAAUGGUCUGCGACUGUGAAAAUCCCACUGUUGACCUAUUUUGCUGUCCUGAAUGUGACCCAAGGCUCAGCAGUCAAUGUUUACAUCAGAGCGGGGAGCUUUCCUACAACAGUGGUGACUCCUGGAUACAGAACUGUCAGCAGUGUCGCUGUUUGCAAGGCGAAGUUGACUGCUGGCCCUUGCCGUGCCCGGAGGUGGAUUGUGAAUUCAGCGUCCUCCCCGAGCAUGAGUGCUGCCCGCGCUGUGUCACUGACCCCUGCCAAGCGGACACCAUUCGCAAUGACAUCACUAAAACCUGUCUGGAUGAAACCAAUGUCGUUCGCUUCACUGGAUCUUCUUGGAUUAAGCACGGCACAGAGUGCACCCUCUGCCAGUGCAAGAAUGGCCACAUCUGUUGCUCAGUGGACCCACAGUGCCUUCAGGAACUGUGA